AUUCUCUCUGCUCCUCAAGAACAGCUUUGACAGAUCCAAAAGGUAAGUCUCCUUUAAAAUUUAUUUCGACUGCAUAGGAGCUGAACUACACCUUAUGUACUUAACACACCAAUUUUCCAUCACUUAUGCCAGUUUUAUUUGUAACUGGACUGCGUAUUUUCUGUUAAUCACUGUUUAAUCUUACUGUGUAAUUUUUUGGUUUGAAUUAUGUAUAUGACCACCCUGGGACCUUUGGGUGAAGUGUGGAUUAUAAAUAUUUUAAAUUAAUAAAAAUUAAUAAAAAUAAUAAAAAUUAAAAUAAUGAAGAAAUAACUAUAACUGUAACCUGGAGGGGGUGAUCUGGAAGCUGAAAAGUAGUAGGCAGGAAGAAGAAUGUAUUAACCUUUGUAGACUGUCAUUAUUUUGGGGUGGGAUUGAAUCCAGAUCGCACAACUAUAAUUGAUUGGGAGUUGCAACAAACGCACUUUCCCCAAAAGUUCAGGUUUUCUGCUGAAAGUAAAGUGAUGGGGAAAUGCAGUGGAACUUGUAGGAUAGCAACAUCAUCUAACCUCCCCACAAACACAUCAGAAUGAUUGCUCUUUAAAUAGCCACUUCGUCUAAUAUCCCUGCAAACAAAUCAGGAGGAGUGCUCAUCCACAAGUGGCCUCAAAAUUAGUCAUACUCGGAGCAGAUACACUGAAAUCAGUGUGUCUGAGUAUGACUAACAUUUGAUACCCCCCCCCAAACCACUAAAGCACAGCCAUCAAAUAAAUCCUUUCAGUGCCAGUUCAGAGGAAUCCCUCCCCUCUCCCCGUCCCAUCUGACACACCAUGUACUGUUUUUAAAUUACAGAACUCAAGCUUCAAACAUGAAGUCCUUCAAAGUUCUCUUCCUCCUUUUGGUCUCUGUCAGCUUUGUGCUGAUGGAAGAAAAUGACUCAAGGUAAGUGUAUGAACAGGGAUACCUGAGGAAGUCAGUCCUUGUGAGUUCUGAACUGACCUGAUUGGCACUUUUUAGGCUAAAUGUGUGGAUUGAAAUUUAACUAUCCGUGGUUCUCCCAAGGAUGAGGAGAAACAUGUACAGUGGUACCUCGGGUUAAGAACUUACAGUGGUACCUCAGGUUACAUACGCUUCAGGUUACAUACGCUUCAAGUUACAUAUGCUUCAGGUUACAGACUCCGCUAACCCAGAAAUAGUACAUCGGGUUAAGAACUUUGUUUCAGGAUGAGAACAGAAAUUGUGCUCUGGCGGUGCGGCGGCAGCAGGAAGCCCCAUUAGCUAAAGUCGUGCUUCAGGUUAAGAACAGUUUCAGGUUAAGAACAGACCUCUGGAACGAAUUACAGUGAUACCUCUGGUUACGUACUUAAUUCGUUCCGCAGGUCUGUUCUUAACCUGAAGCACCACUUUAGCUAAUGGGGCCUCAUCCUGUUCUCAUCCUGAAGCAAAGUUCUGGGUUAUUUCUGGGUUAGCGGAGUCUGUAACCUGAAGCGUCUGUAACCUGAAGUGUAUGUAACACGAGGUACCAUUGUAUCUGAACUGAGCGUCUUGCUAAGCUAAAGUGUUUUCUUAUGCUAAAUCAGCUUCCGGUCCACAGACUAAAUUAGGCCCACCAAUGUUCCUAAUUUGUCCUAAUUUCCAACCAGCCACAGAUUAAGCUGCAGUUGCAAAGGAGCAAUCAGGAACCUUAUAGAGCAUUAUUGGUUGUUCCUUUGCACCUGUGGCUUGCAAUUGGUGCCAUUUACAUUUGAUGACAAAUGCAAGCAACGCUACCAGAGUCAAAUCCACCCGGGACUUUCUGAUCAAUGCGCUCCUGAUAGAAUCUGAGGUCUCCAAAAGCAGGGCGGCUUGCUCCCAAUCAGCUGUGCGGCUUGCAUUUGGCAGCAAAUUUCAACCGUCCCCUUUCACACAUAGUCCGCAGAGAGUUCUCCACAAUGGGAUCUGACCCAUGAGCCGAAAGGAAUUCCCCAUCCUUUAGCUAGAGUGCUGUUCGAAACGAGAGAUGAGGAUUUUCCCUAUGUGUUUCUGUUUUGCUCUUAGAGAAAACACAAAGAAUUCCAGGUUUCUGCAGAGACGGUAUUCAGAGGGGACAUUAGCAAGCGAUUACAGUCGAACUUUGGACAGCAUGAUGAAGAAGAACUUUGUGGAGUGGCUCUUGAACAGGAGAGAGAGCAUGAUUGAGUAAGUCUAUAGCACAGGUGGUUCAUCCAGGAUUUUAGGGAAAGCACUGGGUCAAACUGAUGUUUGGAAGGCUGAGCAGGAAGGGAGAAAUGCAGGUGAGAAGGGAACACUUCUUUCUGGCCCAGGAUCCUGCCUUGUUCCGCUCCAUGGGCUAGCAUUCUCAAACAUGGACCAGUCUUAAAGUACCAUAAGUCCAAUGGGACUGAUCAGUUUGGUUGAGGUUGAGGAAGCCUGACUUAAAUACCCUUUCCCCCCUUUAUCAGGCUUUUUAUUUGCUCUUAAGUUAUACCUAGGUAGUCGGGGCACUUCUGACCACCUUUGUUGGCACAAAAGGUAAAGGUAAAGGGACCCCUGACCAUUAGGUCCAGUCGUGACCGACUCUGGGGUUGUGGUGCUCAUCUCGCUUUAUUGGCCGAGGGAGCCGGCGUACAGCUUCCGGGUCAUGUGGCCAGCAUGACUAAGCCACUUCUGGCAAACCAGAGCAGCGCACAGAAACGCCGUCCACCUUCCCGCUGGAGCGGUACCUAUUUAUCUACUUGCACUUGACGUGCUUUCGAACUGCUAGGUUGGCAGGAGCAGGGACAGAGCAAGGGGAGCUCACCCUGUCGCGGGGAUUCAAACCGCCGACCUUCUGAUCAGCAAGUCCUAGGCUCUGUGGUUUAACCCACAGCGCCACCCGCGUCCAAGGUUUGUUGGCACACCUUGGGAUAAAAGAAAAGCAACAUGUUUGCGGGGGGAGAAACAGGGGGCAGAUGAAAUGGUCUUAACAGAGCUGAAGCAUUAUAGUACUCAGGAUCCCAGAUUCCCAGGGAGAUGCCUUUUGUGUAUGUUCCCCCAGUAACAGAAUUGACCCAUCCAGGAGAGAUACUGAACCCACAGCGUUAGAUACAAGGAAUCAAGGCAUUGAAGCUGGAUCUCAGGAGGCAAUGGACUUCAUCAAAUGUAUUCUGCAAAAUAUGGGGAAACAGAGGUGAGCUCAACAACUUGUUUGGUCUGCAAAAGAAGAUCCUAUUUCAGCAGAGAAUAAGUAUUUCAGCUGCAAAGUAAAUCAUAAUCUCCUUUUCCUCCUCCAUAUUAUAUUGCUACUACUGUUUACCCACCCUUCACCCUAAGGUCCCAAGGUGGAUUAUAACAUUAAAACAACUUACAAAAAUAAGUUAUAAGUUGGUCCUAAAAAUAUAUACCUCAGGUGUUAAAAGCCAGGUAUGAUUAUAGUUCAAUUAAUCUAAAAUCUGUUGAAAAAGUGAUGUUUGCAAACAUUUACUAUACAUAAUAAAAUAAUGAUCAGUUGUAACUAGGGGUGCCAGAGAAAUUUGAUUUUGACUGAAGUUGAAUGAGAAACCCUCUAAUUUGCACUUAUCAAACCAAUACAAUAACAGAAGCAGCUACCCACUGAAAUGUGUAAUUCUCUGAAUUUUGCAAUGCAACAAACCAAUGUGUGCAAAAACAUAUUAGUGGUAACUGUUCAUAAAAAUGCAUAUAUUGGUAAAAGUAACAUGCAAAAAUGCAUUAUAUUAGGGGAAAUUGCUUGAAAAAAUGCAUCUAUUAGUCAAAACUGCUUUCAAAAAUAUGUUUACUAUGAGAAAUAUGCACUAAAAUGUACAACAUCAUGAGGAUUUUUUAAAAAAGUAUAAAUGUGAACAACUGAAUUUAACACUGGGGGGGGAAAGAAACUGGUAGAAAAAUAAAAAUUGGCAGUCUUGUUCAUAAGUUUUUAAAACUGCACCAGUACUACCUCGCCUUUUAGAUAUUGUAAUAAAGUAAUUUUGAGAUCAGAUGGAAACUCUUAGCCUUUACUUUGAUAUAAUAAAAAUAAGAUACCUUCCCAUUUUUUAAAAAAAGAAAUGGCCAAAGCCAAAAAUGGAUUAAAAUAUUUUUACAUCACCUUUCAUUCCAGAAUCUCAACGUGGUAUACAAUAAGCUGCUACAUUACAAUAAAACAGUAAAAUAGCAGCAUUUACAAAGCCAGGGUAGAUAUAAAACCGAAGAGCUCAGAAGCAAAACAAUCUUAAAAUGCCAGCAAAAUAUGCAAGGAAACUUAAGGAGAACGUUCCUGCCAACAAAUAUUUUCUACAUAAUGCUUAGUUUAUGUGGAGUUGUAGGUACCGCUGGUGUUUUUUAAAAUAUCUUUUGACAGAAAUUGUAUGACUAUAAACAGCUGCUUCGGGAAAAUGUCUCGUGGCCAUUUUAGAAAAUGGCGCCUGCAGACUGAUGCCAACCUGCUUAUGUCUACCCAACUUUUUCUCAUUCCAACACGCCUUCUGCAUUAUAUAUAGAUGGGAAUUGCUGUCAGGCAUGAAAUUCCUAUGGAGGUCUAUUACAAGACCUGUAUUAAGAAAGCUGUUUCCAAUUCCUAGCUACCAGCAUCAAAUUUUUAGUUGCCUAGGCAACUGGGCACCUGGGAUUUUCCUCCAACGCCCCCUCCCCACCAACUAUGACUCCUUUGCAACUUUGCUCCCUGCCCCCCGCCAUCUCAAUCUCUGGGAUCCCUAUGGCAGCAAAUGUCUACUUCACAGUCUCUUUCUUCUAGCCUGGCUCUGCCAAAAGGUUCAGAUGACUGGAAGGACGUCCGGAGGCAAGAACAUCUGGCAUUGCUGAUUUCUGCUGACCUCUGCAGGCCAAUGUGAGUGAAUCGCUUCCUCUCCCUUUCUCUCUCUUCCUGUUUCCUUCCAAAGGCAAGGAAGAGUUGGGACUCCAUAGACAACCCACGUGGUGGUUUGGGCAACAGUGUUUUAUGGGUGCCAAAGAAGCAGCAGGUCAUCUGCAAGGUCCGGUGUUGAUGGCUAUAUGCCAGCAACUCCCGAAUACUGAUCACUGCUCCUUAUCUGCUGUUGUCUGCUACUACAGAAUCAGUGGGUGGCAAAUGUUAACAGUGAAUACGAAGUAGCCACAGAAGGUUGAUCCAAGGGAAAUUUGGGAGCUAUAAAAAUGGUUUCAUUUAUAUAAUUACGUAAGAAAAGCUUGCUGGGUCAUAAUACAGUGGUACCUUGGGUUACAUACGCUUCAGGUUACAUAUGGUUCAGGUUACAGACUCCGCUAACCUAGAAAUAGUGCUUCAGGUUAAGAACUUUGUUUCAGGAUGAGAACAGAAAUUGUGCUCUGGCGGCGCGGCGGCAGCGGGAGGCCCCAUGAGCUAAAGUGGUGCUUCAGGUUAAGAACAGUUUCAGGUUAAGUUCGGACCUCUGGAACGAAUUAAGUAUUUAACCAGAGGUACCACUGUAAUAAUAAUAAUUAUUUAUUUAUACCCCAGCCACUCUGGGCGGCUUCCAACAGAAUGUUAAAAUACAAUAGUCUAUUAAACAUUAAAAGCUUCCCUAAACAGGGAACAGGAUCCAGCCUAGCAUUCUGUUCUCAUAGUGGCCAACCGGAUGCCUGUGGGAAUUCAGGUUCUUUUGGGUAAGAGAUGGCGCUGUUAUGAUUAGUAAAUAAACAUCGCUACAGCUUCGGACCAGUUUUCUUACCCCAUAUAUGCCCGCUUCGCCACUUCAGUCUACGGAACUGGCAUUUUUACAAAUGCCAAAGAAAUGUUUGAUCCACACUUGUGAGAAAUCAAUCUUUUAGUUAUCGUGCUACAAUUCCCCAUGUCUUUGUUGUAGUUUCUGAAGCUGAAACCAUUUUCCUUUAGGCACACCUACCCAGACAUGUCAUUUUAGUAUGUGCGCUUGUUUGUAAAACUGUGAAUUUUAAUCUAUAUUUGGGUAAUUUUAUUGUGCUGACUUGUUUGCAGUGUCUGUUUCCACCGCUAUUAUCUUGGAAUAUUUUAUGUUCUUUUGUGUAUGCUGCUUAGAGAGGUGCUCUGUGGGUUUGGGGGAUUAAGCAGUAUAUAAAGCUUGCUAAAUAUUCCCCCUUGGCUCAGAUGCACAUCUUGUACAGUAUUUAGUAGGAGCCGUUGAGUUCAGUAUUGUGGGAUCAGUUUUAUGGAGCUCCCUUCCAGGUGAGGACAGACAGGCAACCCUCUCUUGAACUUCAGCAGGCAUUAUAACUGAAUUCUGAUUCUAUAGCUUUAACUAUCCCCCCCCCCCAUUGCAUUGAGUUUCUCAUACGCUGCUUACAAAGGCCAUAGCUCAGUGGUAAGAGUAUGCAGAAGGUCUCAGGAUCAAAUCCCCAGUAUCUCCAGGUAGGGCUAGAAGGAAGGACCCCUUCCUGAAACUCUGACAAGCCACUGCCAGUCAGUAUAGACAAAACCACACAAGAUGGAUCAUAAGACUGUAAAGUUGGGAGCGUCCCCCAAGGGCCAUCUAGUGCAGGGGUCAGCAAACUUUUUCAGCAGGGGGCCGGUCCACUGUCCCUCAGACCUUGUGGGGGGCCAGACUAUAUUUUUUGGGGGGGGGAAUGAACGAAUUCCUAUGCCCCACAAAUAACCCAGAGAUGCAUUUGAAAUAAAAGGACACAUUCUACUCAUGUAAAAACACGCUGAUUCCCGGUCCGUCCGCGGGCCGGAUUGAGAAGGCGAUUGGGCCAGAUCUGGCCCCCAGGCCUUAGUUUGCCUACCCAUGAUCUAGCGCAACCCCACUGCAAUGCAGGAAUUUCAGCUAGAUCAUAAUCCAACCUCUGCUUAAAAACAUCCAAGGCAGGUGAGUCCACCACCUCUCGUGGGAGUCUGUUCCACUGUCAAGCUGCUCUUGCUGUCAGAAAGUUCUUGUGGUGUUUAGUUGGAAUCUCCUUACUUGUAACUUGAAGCCGUUGGUUCGGGUCCUGCCCUUCGGAGCAGGAGAAAACAAGCUUGCACCAUCCUCCAUUUGACAGCCCUUUAGAUCAGGGGUCCCCAAAGUAAGGUCCGCGGGCCAAAUAAGCCCCGAGGGACUUGUUUAUCCGGCCUGCGGCGACUCCCGCUGCCCGCUCUUAACAGCGCUGCACUAUGCGGCUGCCCACUUCCGGGUCGGAGCACCAGAAAUAGCUUGUGUGCAUGCGCAAGCAUUAUUUCCAGUGCACAUCCAGGUCGGAGGAGGCCCGUGCACAUGCACACAAGCUAUUUCUGGUGCUCCUCUGACCUGGAAGUGUGCCGGAAAUAGCAUGUGCGCACGCGUAUGGGCUGCACUCCCCCGCCCUCCGGCCUGCCACACAAUCAGCGCUGGUGACACCCGCCCGAGGCGUGGUAAGUUUGCUGACCCCUGCUUUAGAUAUUUGAAGAUGGUGAUCAUAUCUCCUCUCAGUCUCCUCUUUACCAUGCUAAACAUACUAUUGAAUGCAUGUUUGAAUCAUUCCUGCUUAGAAAUGAUUGUAAUCAAGUGGCAUAUGUUUCCCAAGUACUGUAAAUAAAUAAAAUACCAUUGCUGAGCUAGGAAUGCUCAGCCCAAAGCUUUACAGAAAGUUGCCCCCCUUCUCUAUUUUUCACUCCCCCCCCCACAAAAAAACCAGGUUCCUUGGCAAACUUUACAUAUUUCACCAUCUUUCCCCCUCUGUUUUUCCAGGCUUCAAUAGCUCACAGCUUCCUUGAGGGAGAAAAGAUGGACUAACUUCUGUACUCUCCUUGUUUUGUACCUUUUGCUAAUGAGUGUCAACAAUAAUUAUGACAGCAGCAAUAAAACAAUUUAUUAUCAAGUUCA